AUGAAGUCAUUGCUCAUCCUCGUUUUCUCCGCAAUAAUUCACAGCAUCGCUGCAGUCCUCCCGGAACAUCGGGCCGAUUAUAUUGAUGACACGACACGGAGUCCGAGGGAGAUACGCACGAUAUCGAAGGAGCUGUUUACCUCUCUUGAGGAGCUUUCCCGUAUUGUUGAUAUAACCUAUUGCGUUGGGACGACAGGCGUGUAUAAGCCAUUCAUUUGCGCUGGACGGUGUCAUGAAUUUGAAGGCUUUGAACUGGUCACGACCUGGAACUCAGGCCCAUUUCUCUCAGAUUCAUGCGGCUUUAUCGUCCUCUCCCACUCACCAUGGCGCAAACGCAUCAUCAUAGGAUUUCGCGGCACCUACUCGAUUGCAAACACCAUCGCGGACCUCUCUGCUAUCCCGCAGGUCUACGCUCCAUACCCUGCCAAAAACCCAGCCUCGCCAGACCAGCCACGCUGCAUUAACUGCACUGUCCACGCCGGAUUCAUGGAAUCGUGGAAGAACGCAAGACAUUUACUGCUGAAGCCUCUAAAACAAACGAUGGCCAAGUAUCCCGAUUACCAGCUGGUCCUGGUGGGACACUCGUUGGGCGGAGCCGUUGCCUCCCUUGCCGGCCUCGAGUUUCAGGUUCGGGGCUGGCAGCCACAGGUAACGACGUUUGGGGAGCCAAGGGUGGGAAAUCAGGGGCUGGUGGAAUAUAUAGAUGUGGUAUUCGGUCUAAAAAAUUCGUCGCUAUCGUUGAAUUACGACAAUAAGCGGAAUGCGGGGAACAGCGCCAACAAGACAUUCUCUUAUCACCGCGUCACGCACAUUAACGACCCAGUCCCUCUUCUCCCUUUGUCGGAAUGGGGCUACCGACCUCACGCGGGUGAGAUAUAUAUCUCAAAACCGGAUCUGCCUCCUAAGAUCUCUGAUAUUCAGCACUGCGCGGGCGAUGCGGACCCUGGAUGCAUCGCUGGAUCUGAACUAGCGGAUAAACGAUACUUAUUGCCCUUCACCCUGGCUUUAUCCACAGCCCAAUUGAGAAUGUCAGAUGCCGGGCGCAUUGGGAAUGACGGGGAUGAUUACAUGGAUGAUGAUGAUGAUGAUGAUGGUGUAAUUAUGGACACUACUAUAUCUCUUAACCAUCAACAACAGCACCAGCAACAACUUCCCUUGUUAUCGUCCGGAUCGAGGCUGGGGGGUCGGAUGCAAGUCCGAGUUCAAGACCAUGGUAAUGAAAUCAACCAGGUCUUGACAGAGUGGAGCCCUAUUCCUCACCGCUAUCGGCUGUGGGAACUGCUGUUUGGGCACCGCGAUUAUUUUUGGCGUUUGGGGAUUUGUUUGCCAUCGCCGAAAUGGGGUGAGAAGGCUCCUGGUGAUCAUGGUUUCUGGAAAUGGCUUUGGAAAUGGAAGUGGCCAUGGGGAAGUUGGCGGGGGAAGAGCCGAUGUGGUAGCAAUGGGAAUGGGUUGAAUUAG